CUGUGCAAAAUGGCGACCAUCGUAGGACCUUUUUCCUCGCCUAAUUCUCGUGACAAUCUAAUAAAGUGGGUACGGAUAUCUCUUCGUCAGCAAGAGAGAGUUACAAAAAUUGAACCUACGUCGACCGGAGUUAAGCCAAGUGCUAAUAGCAUCAGUAGAGUUGUAUCUUUUGUUCUGGAUGAGCUACAAACCUCAGGAAGCCUCUUGGGCUAUCGAAUGAUGUGGAAAAGGUUACAACUAAAGCACAAAAUACCUGUUCCAAGAAAUUUAGUGAGUCAUGUGCUCUCUCAGCUGGAUCCUGAAGGGUGUUUGCAACGUUGGUGCAAGAAACUUCGUCGAAGAAAAUACUAUAACAGAGUAAACCAAGAUAACAACACAUUCUUCAGUUUGCAAAGAUUGAAGUGUUUUGUAGUUCUUCCCUGAUUUUCCAUCAGAGAUUGUCUGCGGUUCUGUUUCAUGCACUUGAUCCAACAAGAGCUAGAUCAAGUGGCACAUGAAUGGAAUACUCAUACAAUACGUUCGAGCAAACACUGUUUUGUACCUGCAGGAGUACCAAAUGAACUAUACUUUCUUCCUGAAGUAUAUACAAUGUUUGAUGCCAACUCUUCACAUGUGUCUAAUCCUAUAUACAAUAGAUUAUGCAGAGGAACCGGACCCUCCUGCAUCCCUUACCCUUGAGUUUCUGCAGGCAGUGAAUGAACUGAUGGUACACCGUGGUCUACUCUUUCCUGACUCUAUAAGAGAUGCUAUGUUGCUGUAUGCGGAGCUUGUUUCUCUACUUGAUGAUUAUUGAUAUUUUGACUCACAUUAUUAUAACCAUUAUGAUUUAAUGAUGAACCCUUGAUGGGACACUUGACAAUGACUAUGUUCAGUGGCUAGCAGGAGAAACACAACUGCCUUGGUUGGGGAUCGUAGUAGUGCCUACGGACAUAUAUAUAUAUAUAUAUAUAAAUGAAGAC